AUGGAUGAUAGGCAGCCAGCAAAGCUCCUGAAAGAGCGGCUAGAGGACCUUGGCGAUUUACAAAUUCUAAUUGAUACAACUGUAACUCAAUUGAUCCGUACUCGUGCACAAUGUGACGUUACUUUUGAUUUCAUUCAACAGCAAUUGCGUGCCCUUGAGGGUAAAGUUAUCAAGUAUAUUUCGCAACAGCUGUUAGAGAUUGCUAAUGGCAUUCCACCCAAUUCUCCUUCAAUCGCUGAUAAAUUUUAUCAGUAUCCUAAACUUAAUCAAUGGCUAGAAGUUGUUGGAAUGGAAUCCUCAACCGCUAAGGCUAUUUGCGGUUUACAAUUACCACUUUCCACAAUGUUAAAUAUGCAAGAAGAAGACAUGCGACAAAUGCUUAAUGAUGUUCAAUGUAACGAAGGAGAUAGUUGUCGCUUCAUUGCUGCAAUGAAAAAUCUUCGUUUAUAUUUGGAAAUGUUACGAAGUGGGGAAUUUCCUAGUACUGCUUCAUUUUAUUGGAAUUCGUGGACUUAUAGAUAUGGUAAAGCCGUUAAUAGCAAUUCAAAGACGUCUAAUAAUGAACCUGUCCUGGUUGGAAGAAAUCGAUCCGUAACAUCUCCGACCUUGUCCAAUAGCCGACCUAAUACAUUGUUAACUACUUCUGGCGCUGUUACCUCUAGUCAUAAAUCUGUAGACGUCGUUAAAUCUUCAACCUUUUCUCCUUCGCCAUCUUCUUACUGUAUUGCUAAUUCGCUUGAUAGUGGAGCUAGUCCUACUACCCCACAAGUACCUGCUAAUUAUUAUAAGGAUUCAUCUCCAAGUGUAUCUGAUAUCAAUGCUGGUCUACUUGAAAAUAAUCACAAUGUUGACGAGGCUACCGUUGCCCAGGACGGUAGCAAUUGUAAUACCGAUGCUAACUCUGUGCUACAAAUUAUUGUUCAACCAAGCGACGCAGAAAAUGAAAUACAGCUCUCUAAUCGUAGUAACUCAUUAGGUAGUAUGAGAACAACCGAUAAAAAUAUUCAGUGUCGGCUUCCUUUACAAGCAGCUAUGCUUAGCGGUAGCUGCGAAGCCUUACUCCAUGACAGUCAAAACUGUACAAAUGAUAUUGGAUCUGAUUACAGUGCAGGAUCUGACAGUCUACAAAAAUUAAGAUCGCGAACUUUGAGUCAUAGUGCCGGGACUCAGUCAUCUUCAUUGGUUGGCAUGGGGCAUUCUAUUAAACACAGAUUUUCGCAUUUACCAAUGUUCAUUGCGCAGUCGUGCGAUUACUGUGGUCGAAUAGUUGUUAUGGGUCUUAAAUGUAAAGAAUGCAAAUAUAAGUGUCAUUCUAAAUGUGCUAAGAAAGCACCGCCAUCGUGUGGCUUACCUCAAGAUUAUGAGAAAUUUUUUAAGCAGCAAUUACUUCAUGAUAACCUGAACCUCAGUCAAGAUACUUCAAAAAUAAACUUAAAAAAAUUGAAUGCUUCUCCAUCGCGCAUGACAUCAGCUCCAUAUAAUAGUUAUAACUCAGGCUAUAACAGUAUCAAUUCCGUAUCUACAAACGACUCUUCGACAAACAACUUGACUUUUAAAGAUAAGCACUAUUUGAAUAGCCAAGGUGCUGAUAAAAUUAAGAGCAUACCGAACUCGGCACCACCAACUAGCGUUAAUAGUACAUUUAAUUUUUCAACACCGACUGAUGGAAGUACAACUGGCGGCCAAUUGACAGAAUCAAUUAGUCCUUUUUCAUCGACUCCAUCUUCACCUACGAUGAAUACGAGCACACACUUAUACUCACCACCAGUGUCUAGUGUCUUACCAGAGACAAGUCAAGGUACAGUGGCCAAUGAUAAAGUUACUUCUACACCGAUAAGGAAAAACGUUAAUAGCGCAGAGGACGACCUAGAAGACAAUAGGGAUUGUGAAAACAUUGAAUCAGAACGAAGCUCUGGAAAUGAAGAUCACAGUCAGGAAGAUCUGUUAACCGUAAAUCGUAAGAGUCGAUAUAAACGAAGAAAAAAGCUCUUAAGUAUGCGAACCAGCUUAGCAUCUGAAUGGAUAAUUCCCAUUGAAGAGUUAAAAAUAAAAGACGUCAUCGGUAUAGGCCAUUUUGGUCGUGUUCAUAGAGGCUACUGGCAUGGAGACGUAGCUAUAAAGUUUGUUAAUGUGAGCCGUUUAACUGAGGAAGCUAUAGAAUCCUUCAAGCUGGAGGUAGCUACUUUUCGUAAAACACGUCACGAUAAUCUAGUAUUGUUUAUGGGAGCUUGCAUGAAACCCCCUCAGUUGGCAAUUAUUACAAGUUUAUGCCGAGGUCCGUCAUUGGCUUCUUUAAUUUAUGAGCAGAAAGAUAGAUUUACUUUCUCUAAAAUUGUUAGUUUUGCGCGAGAAAUCUGUCAGGGGAUGAGUUACUUGCACUCUCGCGACAUCAUCCACAAGGAUUUGAAAUCAGGAAAUAUAUUCUACGAGAAAUGUCGUAUCGUUAUAACUGAUUUCGGGGUAUCUAGCUUAGUAGAUUAUAAUCCAACGCCACAGGAAAGAAAUUUGGACUGUUGGGUAAUCGUUCGAGAUUACGCCGUGUAUUUUGCUCCAGAAAUUAUUAAGAAAAUGGACUUGAAUUUGGUAUCAUUUGGUCUCAGUGCUUUCACUAAAGCAUCCGAUGUUUUCGCUUUUGGAACUGUAUUGUAUGAAAUGAUGGUAGGACAUUGGCCAUUUUCGGAGCUGCCAGUCGAGAGUAUACUCUGGAUGGUAGGGUCUGGUAAACAGCCUCCGCAAGACGAGAUACGUUUACCGGUAGAAUUGAAGAACAUAUUGAAUACCUGCUGGGAAUAUGAUCCAGAAAAAAGAAUAGCGUUUACCAAUUUGUUAAAGGCAUUAAAUAAAUUACCAGAGAGAUAUUUACGUCGUAGCCCGUCUUGUCCAUCGAAUUCAUUAACGUAA